AUGAACUACGGACCGUUUGUGGGCUUUUGUCUCGUGGACUAAACGAGGCAGUCUUUUCACAGUCUGUCACUGCAAUGCGUAACUUCCAGACAGGCAAGAGUUUCUGCAACUAGAGCCCCGUGUCGGAGCUCGGACCCUCUCUUGCUUAUCGCCCGUACCAUUGAGCUGCCACUCUACGAUGGUCGACGCUUCGCCCUACAAGUGGCCGCACGAUGGCAGCUUUUCGCCCUCUACGACCGCAUUGGUAGUGGUAGACAUGCAGAACGAUUUCUGUUCUGAAGAAGGGUACCUUGCGUUUCAAGGGUGCUUGGUUGCAAAUACCCGGGCAGUGAUUCCACGAAUAACUCAGCUGUUGGAUGCCUUUCGAAGAUACGGCUUUCCCAUCUUCCACACGCGCGAAGGUCACCGCCCGGACCUAUCUACGGUCUCCUCACGCGACCGCUUCCGAUCGCACAACGUUCCCAGCGGUCUCGGAAUCGGCGACAUGGGCCCUCUGGGCCGGCUGCUCAUUCGCGGUGAGCGCGGGCACGAUAUCGUCGACGAGCUCUAUCCGCGCCCGGGCGAGCCCAUCGUGGACAAGCCGGGCAAGUCGGCGUUCACGUACACCGACUUUGAGCUGCUGCUGAAGGUGCGCGGAGUGCAGAACCUGGUGCUGUGCGGUGUCACGACGGAUGUCUGCGUGAGCUCGACGAUGCGCGAGGCGAACGAUCGGGGCUACGAUUGUCUGCUCGUGACGGAUGCCACUGGAGCGGGGUUGGACGAGCUGCAUUCGGCCACGGUGAAAGGCGUGCAGAUGGAAGGAGGGAUAUUUGGAGCGGUGGCAGACACAGCGGACGUCAUUGAGGCUGUGGAAAGGUGGACAAAGUCCUCGGGUCGGGUCGUACAGUCGUGACUGAAAAUGCACCUCGAUCGGUGCAUAUGACGAAAUUGCUCUCGGACCACUUAGCGGUGCCCGCAUGAACGAGUAGCUGGCAAGAGGCAUGGAUAAUCUCCAAAGGCGUUAGACUGAUUCUGUCCAAGGAAUUGGCUUGGAUCAAAUUUAGAAUGUACGUCACUCUCAAUGAAGCGCAUAUUGCCUCCGUGGAAGUUUCAUCGGCAACCUCAAAGUUUGUCGGUAGACUCGGAUAACCUCGCUA